CAUACACCUGAGAAGCUGGUUUAGACGUAGCAGACGUAACUGGGUUGGCUUUCUUUUUGGUUUCUGGUUCGCUUCAGGAUAAACCCAGUCAACACCGACGGUGACUUACAUCCCAUCUCCUUCACCUUCCCUCCACCUCUGGUCUGCAAUUAUUCUCUCCAAUAAAAAACCCUAAAUCCUGAAAUUCCAGCAUAGCGAGUCAAAUUAAUUAAAAAACCGAAGAAUGCGUGUUCUGGAUUCCAAAUAGUUUUGAACGCUUCUGAUCGUCGACACUCGAGAGUUCUCGAAGAGAUGGUGUCCGAGAUCGAGGUCGUCGACGAAGGAAAUAGCCGAAACCGCGAGACGAGUAACAGUGACGGUGAUUCGGCGGAGACGAACGGCGUUGGCGGAGGUGAUGAGAGCCUUAGGAACGAUGUGUACACGGCUGCGGCGUAUGGUGAUAUGGAGAAGUUGCAUAGGUUGGUCAAGUAUGAGGGAUGCUCGGUUUCUGAACCUGACGGACUUGGGUAUUAUGCGUUGCAGUGGGCGGCUUUGAACAAUCGGACCGUGGCUGCACAAUAUAUAAUCGAGCAUGGAGGGGAUGUGAAUGUAGCCGAUCACACUGGACAGACAGCACUGCAUUGGAGUGCUGUAAGGGGUGCAAUCCAGGUUGCUGAGCUCUUACUCCAGGAGGGUGCUCGGGUCAAUGCUGCUGAUUUGUAUGGUUAUCAGACAGCUCAUGUUGCAGCACAAUAUGGUCAGACAGCAUUCCUUUAUCAUAUAGUUACAAAAUGGAAUGCAGAUCCUGAUGUUCCUGAUAAUGAUGGAAGAAGCCCUCUACAUUGGGCUGCUUACAAAGGUUUUGCUGAUUGUAUACGCCUUCUUCUAUUUUUGGAUGCAUAUAGAGGACGGCAGGAUAAAGAAGGUUGUACUCCCCUACAUUGGGCUGCUAUUAGAGGUAACUUAGAGGUAUGCACAGUGCUAGUGCAAGCAGGGAAGAAAGAAGACUUGAUGGUGACUGAUAACACUGGCUUUACACCAGCACAACUUGCUUCUGAUAAGAAUCAUAGACAAGUUGCUUUUUUCCUUGGAAAUGCAAGAAGGUUGCUUGAUAAACGAUGUGAUGGCAACACUCGCCUUGGAAAACUUUCAAAGCUAGGGCUUGCACCUGUUCUUUGGUGUAUAAUCCUUAUAUUAAUCAUCACCUAUCUUCAUUCAGUCAUUAUGGCAUCAAAUCUACCAAAGUUAACAGCUGCUUUUGGCCUUUUUGCCUGGUUGGGAGUUUUCCUCGCAACUUCUGGACUGGUAUUGUUUUAUAGGUGUAGCAGCAAGGAUCCGGGUUACAUCAGAAUGAAUAUGCAUGAUUCUCAAGGUCAGAAAGAUGAUGAACCAUUAUUGAAGACUGAGUUAAACCAUCCUGCUUUGAUGGCUGGGAAUUGGUCUCAGCUCUGUGCAACAUGCAAGAUCGUCAGGCCUCUUCGUGCAAAGCAUUGUUCCACAUGUGAUCGUUGUGUUGAACAGUUUGACCAUCACUGCCCUUGGGUGUCAAAUUGUAUUGGCAAGAAAAACAAAUGGGAUUUCUUCAUGUUUCUUAUUCUAGAAAUUUCUGCAAUGCUGAUUACUGGUGCAGUUGCUUUUUUAAGAGUAUUGAAGGAUCCAACUGCUCCAUCUUCUUUUGGAGCAUGGAUGAGCUACGUCAGCACUCAACAUAUUGGGGCUAUGUCAUUUCUCAUUGUGGAUUUCUUCCUCUUCUUUGGUGUGGCUGUGUUGACUAUUGUACAAGCUUCUCAGAUAUCUCGCAACAUCACAACAAACGAAAUGGCAAAUGCGAUGCGGUAUGGCUAUCUUAGAGGCCCAAGUGGUCAUUUCAGAAACCCAUAUGAUCGUGGCGUCAAGAAAAACUGUUCAGAUUUCUUGAUCAAUGGAUAUAAUGAGGACGUGGAGUUUGUUGAAGAAUCAAACCAUUCUGAAGAGACUGGGAUGAUACAAAUGACAAGGUGUUCAAAUUUGCAAGAGGGAGGGAAUCAUUCUCAUCAUGUCAACACCAACGGCCAUGUCUCCACUGAUGUGGAUCCGAAGAACACUAGACCAAAUAAUGGCCGCAUAAACUCUUCUCAGCACAAUCACAAUAGUCAUGGGAAGGGAAAUGGUUUCCCACUAGGGUUAGGUAUUGGCCUUGGAAGGAACAGCGCUCUGUUGUAGUAUCAUGAUAUUAAAAUUUUUUGUACACCGAUAAAAUCCCUAUUCCAUAGGAGGUGAGUUGUAGUCUUUUGCAACUGUAAUUGUUUGUGUGCAUACACCGAUUAGUUCCCUCAGUCUUUUAGAGGUUUCAUGCUUUGUGAAAUUUUACUUUUUCCGUUCAUAAAAUUGUCUUUAGUUGUUGUAAACUUGUAAUAUAUUCCUCAAAUUGAAAAAAAAAGGCAUCUCUGAUCAGUGGUUGA